AUGGCUAUGACAUUUCUGCUUCCGUUUUUCAAAGGCAAAACGUUAGAAAGUGAAUUCGGUUUUGUUAAUUACUACCACUCUCAACCAAUAAAUCGUGCAUUACAUACAUGCGCCAUACCUCUAUUGAUAUUCGGUAUUCUAACUAUGACGUACUCUAUUGAUUAUCAUCUAUCUAUACUAUUCUCGAUCGCUUAUUGUGUCGUUGUCUUCUUAUUCGAUUCUAAAACUGCUCUAGCAUACGUUCUUCUGUUUGGUGCACUUUUCUGUGCAAUGAUUAUCUCCUCUUCGCAGCAUCAUCCAUCAAUAUUCUCUGGAUUCGUUGUAUUCUUUUCUGGUCUUAUACUCCAAGGGCUUGGACAUUAUAUUUUUCAGCGAUCUGCUCCUGCUUUUCGUUCGUUCGAAGCAAUAUUCACAACACCAGUCUUUUUAAUGAUGUAUCUGAUCACCGAUCAUAAGAGUCCAUUUUGGAAGAAUGUUCAAAAUGAAACAAAUAAAUGGAAACAAAUGCUUAACAAUGAAGAGAAAAAAUAUUAA